ACCACACUGUGUUUCCUCAUAAAAGAUCUCUGCUUCACACCACAGAGAGGCUACAGUAACACCACUUUGGUACAUAGCUCACCAUUUCAGUCUGCAUUACUCUGUCUUGUAGGUUUUGUUCUUCUUGUCAUGUAACAUGAUCUGUGUUUUUUUUCUUUUUCGGACUGUAAACUCUGUCAUACACUGCACUGCCACAGUACCACAGCAACAACUAUUCAGAGCCACCUUUCUUUCAGACAGAGCCAAACCCUUGUCUCUAAGCAGGCUGUCGUCAACAACACUGACUUAACAUCUCCCUAUUGUUACCGUGCCCUUGUAAACUCAUACAUACUCUGCCCACUCGUCCUGACGGCAGGGAGAUGAGUGUGUACACACACAGGAUGGACACAGAGUGUGUGCUUGCGGACACAGAGCUGAGAUGUUCAUCACUGUGCUGCAUGGUGAGGGAAGAGCGGACCUCUUCAACCUUGACUGCAGGAUCAUGAACUUCAUCCACUCCUUGAAAGAACGAUGCCAAGUGGACCCACAAGACCAUGUGGAUCUGAUGAAUAAGUGUGGGGAGCUGAUGGGUCUGCCGGAGAGUGAGCAGAGUGUAGAAUCAGCCUGCACUCUUCUGCGGGAGAGACAAACUUACAUCCUCAUGCUGGCAAACGGUAGUUCUGAGGGAGCUGAGGUCCAGAGGUAUGUCCCACUGCUUGCUGACGUGGACAGGAUGCAUCCAGAGCUAGCAGAUGUGGUGCGGAAGCUUUCAAACCCUUCAAAAGAGAACGACAAAAAGCCAGGUGCACCCAGAAGAGGACUUCAAACCCAUAGCAGAAAUCGGCCAAACGCGAGUGUGAAGAAAAAUGUCUCAACACCCAGAAGCUAAAAGCCUGCACGUCGCCUGUUUGGACUGAUGUUAAUGAUUGUUAUGUUUAUUUUGUUUAUUUUUUGUUUAUUUUGUUUAUUUUUAUUGUUAUGUUUAUUUUCUUGAAUUUCCCCUUGGGGAUCAAAAUAGUAUUAAUCUAUCUAUCUAUCUGGUAUUUUGCCGAUGUUUUAGUCAAAAGCAACAGAGUGUACACUACAUACUUUCAAAUAAAGUUGAAAAGCUUACAUAA